AUGUUUUUCCUAACAAUAUUUUUGUUAGUUGCUACAGUACUUGGUGAUGUUUCGAUCACAGCACCAAAGGCAGGAGAUUCAUAUUCGGCCUCAGGAGGUUCAGCAUCUGUUGAUAUAAAAUGGAUAGAUUCUACUGAUGAUGAUGAUGAUCAAUUUUCUUUAUCAAAAGUUAAAACAUAUACCAUAUCAUUAUGUACUGGACCAUCAUCAUCCAUCGAAUGUUUUGCUACCAUUUUGAAAGCUGAAUCAUUGGAUGAUAACAAAUACACAGCUUCAGUUAAAGCUUCAGCAGCUGAUGAUGGAUACUAUUUCUUCCAAAUAUAUGCUGUUUUCCCUAAUUCAGCAGCUACUAUCCAUUAUACUAAUAGAUUUGAAUUAACUGAUAUGACGGGUUCAACUAAUACUUUGACUGUGAAGAAUACCGUCACUGGUACUGCUCCUCCAGCUCAAACAAACGGUGCUGAUGCUUCAAGUUUUGAUUCAAAAUCUUUCACUGUUCCUUAUACUUUACAAACAGGUAAAACACGUUUUGCUCCAAUGCAAACCCAACCAGGAAGUAAAGCUAAAACUGACGAAAGUUGGUCUCGUAAAUUCCCAACAAGUUCUGUCAAUUAUUAUACCUCCGCAAGUCCAAGUCCGGUGGUUUUAAGUACUAUCACACCAGGUUGGUCAUAUACUAUCAAUUCCAAAGCAAAUUGGGCAUCCCCAGCUCCAACUCCAAGUAUCAAAUAUGCUCCAAAAGACAGAGUCACCAAAGCCAGUUUAAGCACUGCUGCCAAAUCAAAGAGAUGGUUAGAUUAG